CGUUUAUCAUAAAUGGCUUUAAAACGACUGCGAACUUAUUUUAUUAAUUAAUAAGCAGACACAACUGAACGACAUAAAAUGUCCAGGGAACACUGGAUGAGCGAACUGCCGCCUCAAGUUCGUAAUAUGUCCAUUAUAAAUCUAGCCAUUCCAGGUUCGCAUAAUUCCAUGACAUAUGGAAUUAACAGCAGAUCGGGUAUUGCGCCUGAUGCCGAUAAAAGCAUACGUCGCUGGAAUCGCUUCUUUCCGUGUUUCGUGCGUCGCUGGGCUAAAACCCAAUCUGCAAGCAUUCUGGAGCAAUUGCAUCUUGGUGUACGAUAUUUUGACCUGCGCAUUGCCCAACACGAAGGCAAAUUUUACUACGUUCAUGGCCUACUGAGUAUGGAGGUGUUUGAGCCACUGUAUGAACUAUGCCAAUUUCUUGCCACGCACCGCCAGGAGGUGGUCGUCUUAGAUAUGCAGCAUUUUUAUGACUUGAAUGUGGUCCAACACCAACAACUUCAUAAAGAGCUCCUGUAUAUGUUUGGGGAACGCUUCUAUGCUACUACGGAUGGUUCACUGCAUGAAUGUUCUUUGCAGCGUUGCGAAGAAUUGCAGCGCCAACUGGUGCUCAUUUACAGACGAUGCCCCAUAUCAUUGCCUGUCCAGUUUUGGCCGAGUUCCUCGUGGCCAACACCCUGGCCAAAUAAAGCCAGUGUAAAGAAGCUUAAGGAAUUCCUGGAGAACUCGCUGCUUUCGCGCCAGCCCUCUCAAGGCUACGUUUCACAGUGCCUGCUCACGCCGACCGGUCGGUACAUUGCUUUUCGUGUUUUCUCCAAUCUCAAGCGCACUGCAAAGCGUGUGGAUAAGGAGUUGCAUUCGUGGAUAUCGGAGCAGGUGCCUGGGCCCUUUGAUGAGAAGCAACCCCCACGAGCAAACGUAUUCCUUGCAGACUUUGUGGGCCUAAAGGACGGCCAGUUUUGCAAUUGGAUUGUAGCCCUCAACAAUAAGCUGGACACUGAAUCAAUAUGUAUGACCUGAAAACAAUUAUUUUGACGAUGAUCUUUGCAUCGUAGAUUGUUUUACUUCUGUACUGCUUUGUUUUAAAUAAAAAUUUAAAAUACUUUCUCGGGUAA